UAUAGAAAAUAAACGUCCGAUUGAUUUUGUGAAAAAGUGCUAAAUAUUAUACGCCAUUUCUAUUAAAUUGUGAGCCUCUCUACCCUUUACAAGUGAAUGCAACUGGAGACGAGUAAAGAAACACAGUUCAACAGCGGGAAAACUUCUUACAUUUAGACCAUGGCUCACAAACGGAAAGCUGACGGUCAGGUUCCGGCCGAAGAAAACGACUUGCUGCUCAUACGGCCGCUUGGUGCCGGUCAGGAGGUGGGCCGUUCGUGCAUCAUGCUCGAGUUCAAGGGCAAGAAGAUCAUGCUGGACUGCGGCAUCCAUCCGGGCUUGUCCGGGAUGGAUGCGUUGCCGUUCGUGGAUCUGAUCGAAGCGGACGAGGUGGAUCUGCUCUUCAUUUCGCACUUUCAUCUGGACCAUUGCGGGGCGCUGCCGUGGUUCCUGCAGAAGACGAGUUUCAAGGGACGGUGUUUCAUGACCCAUGCUACGAAAGCAAUCUACCGGUGGAUGUUGUCGGAUUACAUCAAGGUUAGCAACAUCAGUACGGAGCAAAUGUUGUACUCGGAAACGGAUCUGGAGGCGAGUAUGGAGAAGAUUGAGACGAUAAAUUUCCACGAGGAGCGGGACGUGAUGGGAGUGCGGUUUUGGGCGUACAAUGCGGGGCAUGUGCUGGGUGCAGCGAUGUUUAUGAUUGAGAUAGCAGGGGUUAAGAUUCUGUAUACGGGGGAUUUUUCCCGGCAGGAAGAUCGUCACUUGAUGGCGGCGGAGAUUCCGGCCAUGAAGCCGGAUGUUUUGAUAACGGAAUCUACUUAUGGGACGCAUAUUCACGAGAAGCGGGAGGAUCGAGAAAGCCGAUUCACCACUCUAAUUCAGAAGAUUGUCCAGCAGGGUGGUCGGUGUUUGAUUCCGGUGUUCGCUCUUGGGAGGGCCCAAGAAUUGCUGCUGAUUUUGGACGAAUACUGGAGCCAGAAUCCGGAGCUGCAGGAAAUUCCCAUCUACUAUGCUUCGUCGCUGGCGAAAAAGUGUAUGGCCGUCUACCAGACGUAUAUCAACGCGAUGAACGACAAAAUUCGGAGGCAAAUUGCCGUCAACAAUCCGUUUGUAUUCCGUCACAUUUCGAACCUGAAGGGCAUCGAUCAUUUCGAGGACAUCGGACCGUGUGUCGUGAUGGCCUCGCCCGGUAUGAUGCAGAGUGGUCUGUCCCGGGAACUAUUCGAGACUUGGUGUACCGAUCCGAAGAACGGGGUCAUCAUCGCCGGUUAUUGCGUCGAGGGAACUCUCGCGAAGACUGUUCUCUCCGAGCCGGAGGAAAUCACCAGCAUGUCCGGACAGAAGAUCCCGCUCAACAUGUCCGUCGAUUAUAUUUCGUUUUCGGCUCACACCGAUUACCAGCAGACCAGUGAAUUCAUUCGGAUAUUGAAACCGACACACGUCAUUCUGGUGCAUGGGGAACAGAACGAAAUGAAUCGAUUGAAAUCAGCACUUCAGAGGGAGUACGAAAACGAUCCGAAUGCCAAUAUAACGUUGUACAAUCCGAAGAAUACACACGCUGUGGAGUUGUACUUCCGGGGCGAGAAGACGGCCAAGGUGAUGGGCAAUCUGGCAGUUAAGAGCCCCGAAGAGAGCCAUAAGCUGUCCGGGGUUUUGGUGAAGCGGGACUUCAAGUAUCACCUGCUGGCGGCGUCCGAUCUGUCGAAAUACACCGACAUGAGCAUGUCGGUGGUGACCCAGCGGCAGAGUCUCUACUGGCAGGGCUCGAUCGCUAGCUUGAGGCUGCUGUUGGAGCGAAUCGGUGGUCCCGGAACGGUCAGCUCCGAAGCGGCGGAUGGUGAUAAAAAGUUUCGAGUAUUUGAAUGCAUCGACCUGUCGUUCGAUGGGAAGAUCGCCGUCAUGGAAUGGCAGGCAACACCGGUUAAUGACAUGUACGCCGACACGGUUCUGGCCAGUUUGCUGCAGUCGGAGCUGAGCGGCAGCAUGGUGAAGGCGGCCACUGCUGUCAAGCCGGAUAAGAUGCACUUCAAGGAGUGUCUGAUCGAAACGCUGCAGGAGAUGUUCGGCGCGAGCUCCGUCCCGAAGCUGUUCAAGGGAGAUAGUUUGAGUGUGACCGUGCACGGGAAGCAGGUGGACAUCAAUUUGAAUACUUUGGAAGUGACAUGCGAUCAGGACGAGGUUCUGUAUCAAACGGUGAAGACGACCGUCAACAAGUUGCACCAAAAUCUCGUACAAGUAUCGUAAGUCUCGACGUUCCCAUUGAUAACAAAGUUGCAAGUAAGUUCGCUCUGAAUAAUUGUCCAUUUUUCCUCCUUACAUUGGAAUAUAUAUU